AUGGAGAUCUCCACCCUCGCCACCUACCACUGCCUUGCUUUCCUCUGGUAUUUUUUCGUUGCCUAUUCCAUCACCCAGGUCCGGGCAGAAGAGCGGCCGUCCGAAAUCUUCCUGUACGGCGGGCAGUGGAAAUAUUUGACAGUCCUCAACCUGGUUUUGCAGGCUGUCUUCUAUGGGGUGUCCUUCCUGGCUGAUGUGUUGAGACUAAUUAAGAAGCUGCGAUGUGCUAAGAGCGUCAUUUCCAGCAGAGACCUUCUUUUCAGUGUCCUGGCUUUCCCAGUGUCCACAUUUGUGUCCAUAUCCUUUUGGACACUCUACACCUACAACCGAGAGCUGGUUUACCCCAAAAGCCUUGAUGGAAUCAUCCCACUGUGGUUGAAUCAUGCAAUGCACACGGCUGUGCUGCCAUUUGCUGUCCUGGAGAUCCUGGCGAUGCCGCAUCGCUACCCGGCCAAGAGGAAGGGGCUGGUCCUCUUGGGGCUUGUUGCUUUUCUCUAUAUCAGCUGGGUCCUGUGGAUUUACUCUGUGACUGGGGAGUGGGUGUACCCCCUCUUUGCUCUCUUCAGCCCAGCAGGGCUAGCAGCCUUUUUCGCCGGUAGCCUUGCUGUCAUCGUCUCUUUCUACAACUUCGGGGAGUUCCUCAACCGUAUGAUAUGGGGAGAUUCAAUAGCAAUACUGGACUACAGGAGGAAAGGCAAGUGA